AUGGAGCAUAAGCACGCGGAGAAAGUUAUUAUCAUGAACAAACUCAUGGUGGAAGUAGCAGAGAACAUUGAUUCAAGGCAAAGAAGUAUGUUGGAAAUGGAUAAAAAGUAUAAGGAAUCUUUGAACAUGAUCAUGAAGUUGAUGGGGGAGGGCGACACGUUGCAUGGGGAUGUCAUGAAGUUGAAGGUCAUGAACUCUAGUCCAAGUCAUGACAUGGAACAAAUCAGCAAGGAAUUGAAAGAGAAUAAGGCCAUAAUUAAUCUGCAGCAAAAGAAGUUUACUGAGGUAUUCAUUGUUCUACAGCAUGAAAUGGAAAUUACCUCUCUUCACAUCGCUGCUGUGAAGCAACAAAAUGAUUAUGAAAGUGUAUUAUUGAAACUGACCGAUGAUCUAAAGGAGAAAAAUGAAACCCUCAAUGCUAAAAUCAUUGACCUUGAAACAGAAAUUCAACGGAUAAGGAAACGAGAACUUGAAAAGGAGCAAAAUGAACAACUCAAUGCCAACAUCAUCCAGCUUCUUGAACAUGACAAGGUAAAUUAA